UCGACAGUUCCUCCUAAAUUGCUGCAGUAAAAUGUGGUUAACUGUUUUGAUAGUCAUUUUCAUAGUUCUAUUCCUGAACCUUUUGAAAGCAAGUGUACAAAAUAUAAUCUUCUACUGUCAAAUAAAACGAAGCCUACCGAAGUCAAGAUCAAUCUCGUGGCUCCCAAUAUUGGGUAGCUAUCCACUCUACAUAGAAGAUAUAUCGCCAACUGGAUUACUAACGACUUUCGAGCGGAUGGUGAAGAAAUACGGAGACAAUCUAAUACAGCAUGGUUUAAUGAAUGAGCAAACAGUUUUCGUAAACACUCCGGAUAUGGUGGAACAGGUGCUAUCGGCUUCAGGAAAUCAUAAAGCGAAACUUUAUGACUUUAUAGCUCCUCUGUGUAAAAACGGAAUUCUCACUACGUAUGGAACCAGAUUCGUCGAGAAACGUAAAAUGGUAGCCCGAGCGUUUAGCUACAGGAUGUUGGAAAUCUUCUGUGGAAUUUUUGAAAGUCAAUUCAUUCAUGUGCAAGACAAAAUUCGUAGUAAAAUUGGAAAGGGCGAUUUCGAUGUGCACGAUGUCAUUCGGUGGUAUUCCCUGGAUGUGAUCGCCGAGACGGCUAUGGGAGUGAAAUUAGGCUGUCAAAAUGACAACUCUCUGCCAUAUGCCAAAGCCCUUCAGGAAUUACUGUACAUAAUUUCACGCAGGUUGUACAAUCCACUAAACCAAUACGAGAGCCUUUUCCGAUUACGAAAAAUGUACCGACGUCAGAAUAUUGCGUCCAAAUAUGUUAAUGACUUUUCUGAUGAUGUUAUUAAGAAACGAAAGCAAACGUUGUUGGCUUCCAAGGCAGAUGGAUACGAAAAAGAUGAUCAUUGCAAAACUUUGCUUGAUCAUUUAUUAACUGCCAAAGAGAAUGGUCAGUAUUUUUCGGAUGAAGAGCUUCGAGAUGAAGUGAACACAUUCAUUUUUGCGGGCCAUGAUACGACUGCUAAUACGGCGGCUUUUGCUAUCUACGAAUUAUCUCAGAAUGCUGACAUUCAACAGAGAGUCUACGAGGAGCUGGUAGAUGUGUUUGGCCGAGAUCUUGAGAAAAUUCCUUUGAACGUUAGCAACCUUGCAAAGUUGGAGUAUUUGGAUAUGGUGAUCAAAGAAACACUUAGAUUAUACACCACGGUACCAUUUUUUGGUCGGAAGGCGACAGGAGAUUUGGUAAUCGAUCAACGGCCCAUUCCCAAAGGAACAACGCUGAUAGUAUUAAUCGGAACGAUGCAUCAUGAUCCCAGAAUUUAUCCGGAGCCGAGACGAUUUGAUCCGGAACGUUUUACCGAUGAAGCCAUCUCGAGAAGGCAUCCGUUUAGUUACGUACCAUUUGGGGCUGCUCCACGAAUAUGUGUUGGACAAAAGUAUGCACUGGUUGAGCUUAAAUUUCUACUGACCUUGCUAUUGGUUAACUUUAAGUUUUUACCAUGCGAUCCGGAAAACCGUGUACAAGUAAAGGUUAGCCUUACAUUGACCACCAACAAUGGAGUAAAUAUAAAGGUUGAACCACGUUAGAAUUAUGAAUGAAUUAGAGAAACCGUAAACC